AUGAACAUUAUUGUGGCUAUUGUAAGUAUAUUAAUGGCAGUCGGUGGCGGUUUAUUUAUGCUAUCUGGAGAUAUGAAUUUUAUGUUUCUGCGUAAAACUGUCACACUGUUGGAGAAACGUGUAAAUCCACCAAAUGCAAAUUUUGGUACCGGAGUUAGCAAGUUAAUAAUGUUACUCACAGAAAAAUUUAGUCUCGUGUUUUUCACAUUUGGUUUAGUCAACUUCCUUGUUUGCAUAGUUGGAAUGUGCGCUGUGUGUACUCAAAAGUCAACUUUAUUGACUGUGUAUCAAAUACUUACGGCGUUUCUACUUGUUGGACAUUUAAGCCUACUUAUCGGUUAUUACUUCAGUAAACAAAAUUUCAAAGACCAUUUGAGCAAUAUGCUAGGAGAAUAUAUGAAAGAUUAUAUAUCACUGAGAAGUGGAGCAUCGACAAGUAUAUUCGCUGGGAUUGUUAUGGCAACGUACAAAUGUUGUGGAUUAGAGACACAUCGAUACUUCUGGGAAACGCCAGCCUUUUCUCCAAUUGACACCUACGAUAAUUUAAUGUAUAAAGGAUUGCUUUUCCCAGUGACUUGUUGUAAGAUGGACGAGAAUUUAAAAAUUGUGGAUAAAACGUGUCCAUUGAAAUUUAAUAAGCUUAACAGCAAUAUUGGAAUUGGGUGUGGUAAACCUUUCACUGACAAAAUCGCAUUCAUUACAGAUAUGUCUGUAUUCAGUACCCUGUUCAUUUUAGUAUGUAACGUUAUAGUGAUGUGCAUCACAGUUAAAGCUCUUAGAGACUUGGAACCAAUAAGUAUAUGA